CUUUAACCGGCCAAUAAUCGACAGGGGUGCACAAGAUUUCGGGCAAGGGAACUCCUGCUGGGUCUCCUCUUGCUACUCCAGUUUCUCCUUCGCCGCCUGGCUAGCGGCAUACGUACUCCUUUCCUUUACGUUUGGCACUUUAUAUACUCCAUCUGUUAUCAGGAGCUGUCCUCGUAACCACCGCUGCGAACGUUCGUAGGACGCCGACAGUACAAGCGAUCCGCUUUACUCGCUACUUCACAUCCAUUAGCUCCUUCUCGGCGGUGCAGAUGUCUGCCACGCCCCGAUCUAACUGACAUCGUUCUCUGUUUACUUGGAUCCUCUAUGUUCUUCGCCUCCUCAGGAUCCUUCCACAUUCCUUGGGCAAUAUUUCACGUCCGGCUCACGACUCGUCUCGCUUUGCUCUCCUGCCGAACGCCCCGUCGUCUCAAUGGCGAGGUCUAUCGUGACAUCUUCCAUUUCUCGCAGGAACUGUUACGGUGUCGAGAACCACUGUCCCUACUCAAGUAACUCGUCCGCACGUAUUUCCCGGAAGUCUGGGAUGUCCCCUCUUUUGCUUGGCAGUGGCCGGCCCUGGUCCCAUACGUCCCCAGCCCCUCUGCUGGCCCACCACUUGACCUGCGGUUGGAGUCAUCAGUGGAUCCUUUUGCGUGUCACGAUCCUCGUUGACGGAUUCCGUCCACUUUACGUGGUCCCCAUCUUUCUCCUUUCGCGUGCGCGCUUGUCACAGUCGUUUAGACCAAAGCUUCCAUGCCAGAGAGGUUGUUUUGUUUCAUGGUACCUGAUGAUGUUGUUUUUUCUGCUUGCUUUAAGCAGGCAAGUGGAAGGUGCUGCCCUGCAAUUACGACCAACUCCUGUCAUGGCGGUCGUGACUCCGCCGCCUGUUCCAUUCACAAGGAUCCAUGUUGCGUACCCGCGCCAGCUCAGCUCUUCAGCCACCCCCACAAGUGGUGAAAGCGCUACAACAAUAACAAGUGGGGAUUCUGGUACGAGUACUGAGGUACCAACCUCAGCAGACAGCAGCUUUUCGACCUCGGAUUUGACUACAGAUGUCUCCGUUUCAAUAACGUCCGAUUUUCCAACAUCAGUAAGCACGUUGGACCCAACUACGUCUGUAGGUAUCUCGGUUUCAAUAUCGAUAUCUGUAGGACCAUCUUCGGAGCCGACGUCUGAGACCCCAUCUUCAGCACCGUCCUCUGAGCCGACGUCGCAGCCUCCGACGUCAGGGCCACCCUCCUCAGAGCCUACGUCACAACCACCGUCCUCUGAACCUUCCUCUCAGCCAACGAGUGAACCUCCCACUUCCGAACCAACAUCAAGUCCUUCAACUUCUGAACCACCACCAUCAUCUACACCUCCCUCCUCAUCCUUUUCCGUAUCACCCACUUCACUGCCACCUUCGUCCCCACCUACCUCAAUACCGCCUUCAUCCAUACCCCCAUCUUCUGCUCCAUCAACUGCUCCAUCCCCUCAACCGACUUCUGAUUUAUCGUCCUCAACGCUAUCCUCAAGUAAUACCAUGACUGCUACGACCCCUCCUGUUUCCAUCACGACUUCCUCCUCAACUACACUUACAUUCACGUCUUCAUCCGAAUCUUUCUCGCUAUCCUCAAGUCCCUCUGAACCUCCUGCUACAUCGACAUCUACUCAAUCGGCGUCUUCUGGGCUUUUUUCGUUUACUUCGGAUUUCUCUACUUCUAUUAUCUCAAAGACAGACCUUCCCGUAUCGUCUCCCGUUGUCACGUCGUCUUGGGGCACUAGAUCGUCAAAUAUACCUUCAGUGUCCAUCUCUACAUUUACCUCAGAAGCAUUUGUGACCACAUCUUCACCACUUUCCGUUUCCCCUUCUGUAUUUGUAACGUCUUCCCCGUCUACUUCGACUUUGUCUGUGUCUUCAACGAGCAUGCUUGUGGAGACCAGUGACUUAGUUUCCUCAGUGUUACCUUCAGUUUCGCCUACACCCUUUUCUUCGCUGACAGUAACGGCCACUUUUUCGAGUGACUCUCCUUCCGUCAUUGUCUCUUCGAGCCUGUUCUCGUCACCAUCAUUGUCUACUUCGUUUACGCCUAUCUUCCCGACUAUUUCCGAACUUUCAUCUUUUACGCCAAUUUCUUCGUCUUCCUCUGAUGUCUCCUCGUCCAGUUUCUCGGCACCGCUAACGUCUUCUUCGACAUCUUCCGUUUCAUCCUCAACUAUUCUAUCAACGUCUAAUUCCGAAACGUCCCAUCCGACGUUCUCGUCCUCGGAUAUCUCUAUCUCCACAUCCAUAUCGGCGGACCCCUCAACUAUCACUUCGUCUGCUGUAUCGGCAUCGUCGACAUUGCUCCCUUCUUCGGCAUCAUCACUGUCACCUACUUCGUCACCUGAAUCUUUCCCAACGUCACUUGAAUCUUCCACAAUUUCCUCUGGAUUUUCCACAACGUCCUCUGAUGGACCUGCUGCCACGUCCACGUCCAACACGUCUUCUCGACCCGUGCUACAACCCUCUGGCUCUUUCCCGCUUUCGGUCAUCAGCGAUGAAACCUCAACAUCGAGUACCUCCGUCGUCCAUUCGCAUUUCUCCACGAUGUUUACUACAAUCGUCCUCACUUCUACGUUCACCAAUCAAGGUAGCACAGGCGUGACGACAGUGACAAGUAUUGUUGCUACGGGGACUUUAAUUCCAAAUUCCGAUUCCACCAAUGGCAAUAUAUUUGACCAUAACCCCGGUGCUAUCGCCGGUGUCGUAAUUGGUAUAGUCGCGUUUGUGGCUCUUCUCGCGUGUUGGCUAUUUAUUGCAAGGCGAAGGCAUCACUUACGGAUCCGAGAAGCAGAACUUGCCGCCCUUUCUGGUGGCACCUCUGGUCUCGGCAGGUCAGGCCUUGGUGGGACCAGGACAUUGAUACUAGAUGACGAUGAUAGGGACGACAUCCUACGCAAUCCACCGGACAGUCCCAUGGAAGAGCGUCCUGGACCCGUUGUCGCAUUACGUGGAGGGGAGUAUAGUCGAACAAACUCGGAAUUGCCAGAACAUCAGGAUAUAGAGAGCCCCGAUAACCCUCCUGGAGAUGCAAUUUCGGACACAAGCAACCAUACUCAUCUGGGUUCAUCCCAUGAUGUUGGUUCUACAGAACAGGAUGCUUUGAUGGGCAAUAGUCCACGUUUGGAUGUUGCAGAGAUCGAGCCUCUGCCUGUGGCUCGGCGCGCGAUGUCAGCUCGCUCGCGUGCGUCCUCUGGGAUGAGCGGUCCAGAUCCCGCUGCCUGGCUAAGCAAUCGUGAUAUCCCUUAUGUUCCAGUGAAUACGGUAUCACCUCAGCUGUCUUCUCCCGGGUUCGGUCAGUCAUCUUCGGAAGAACGUAUGGCUACCAUGAGUUUUGCUUCUAGAAGUUCGGAUAUGUUGCAUCUCUUAGCAUCCCCAGACGUUGCAUAUGCGAGUGGAAACACGAGUGGGAGCGGAAGUCAUGGUAGUGGAAGUGGUGAUAGGAUGUCAAUGUCUGUACUGCCUUAUGCUGGAGGCUCAGGUUCGUCAGGAAACGGUCAUAGCGCUGCGGGCGGCUCAUCUAGUGGUCACGGUGGAAGUUCCUCGCAAGGACAUGGUACUUCUUCCGCGGGCAGUCAUAGUCGCGGGGUUCCCUUCCCUGAAGGCAGGAAGUCUCCUGGUCCAUCCAGUCUGUUGCCCUCGCAGACCCAGAUGCCGCCGACUGCAUUCCGACCUGUUGACGAUGAUAAAAAAGGUCGCCGAAGAAGCUUCCUCGGAAGAUCCUUGAAGUGGAGGAUCAGAAGUGGCAGGCUAUCCGAUGUCUCUUCCACUUCGUCAGUGUCUAAUUAUUCAACGAAGUCACCGACACCAACAACGCCAUCAUUUGCCGAUGGGAGGCCAGUCGGCGGCGAUGAUCCCUCUACUGUCACCCCUCAGCCUCAUCUGUCGCGAGGGUCCUCGAUAUCUCGACCAUUUUCGGCCACGCUUGGCAAUUUGCCAUCAUUUGCGCACCCUUCAUUCAGGCUACCUGGAUCUGCGAUUCCAGAAGAUGGUGUCCCUUCAGGAUCACCUCGAUGGCCCAGCUUUGAAGUGCCAGACUUGCCUUCACCUGCGUUGACUGAGCGUUCUAGUCAGAAUGCACCUGAGGGUCUCCUUGAUCCUCGUCUCGGGCUUCACCUGGGUACAGGUGGAGUGGAGAGUACAGCUGCUAUCAGUCUUCGAGAUGACCAGGACUAUUCUAGACCUAUUGGCGGUCUCGUAAACAACAGAAUGUACAGCACAACUACGUUCCACACUCUGGACACCCGUGAUUCUCGUCCAACUACUCGCCGUAAUUCUGCAGAGUCUCGCGGAACGGGAGGCGCAGGGGCAGAAACAGAUCGCGCUCAAGAAGGCUCAUGACAGGGUAUUAACUCUGUUUUCAGUUCUCGUCGUACACACGAUUAUUCCUGUGAACACAUUGCCAGUCAUUACGGUGCCGAAGAAAUCUGAUCAUUGUUGCUUUCGCUUCGCUAUCUUGCCAAAUCUUACUCACUCCCUAAUUCGCGUAGAAUCUUUAUUUGGUGUCUUAUAGUUUCCUUCGGACCACGAACACACGCAUUGUAUAUGAUAUGAAUUUGCAUCCCUAUCCACUGCUUUGGAUGAAUAUGAUCACAUUUCGCUCCCAAGUAUAUAUUCUUUGUAUCAUACCUGUACAGUUUAAAAAAAUACUACACCACGAUACCCAUCAUCCUUGCCUGAGUCAGCACCGGCCAACGAAGGUUACCUUAUGUAU